ACUCGGUUGGUUAUUCGGUAAGUUGCAAUCGUACUGAUAACUACUCGGUAAAACUUAUUUGAAAUAGUGAUGUUUUGAGUGUUUGUUAUUUUAGUGACUUUGUGACAAUUUUAAGGGAUAUAGGUGUGCUUUACCUAUAUUUAGUAUGGUGAAUUAUUACUAUCCACAACCAAUGUACCAUCAACAACAAAUAAAUAGUGUUGGACAUUUCCAACCCAAUACGUCUAUGCAUUCGUGGUAUGCCGCGACUGGUCUCCGCCAACCGGCGCAACUGACUAGUUUUUGCGAAGAACAACCAUUAUGGCAUCCUCAUGCCGGGUAUCAACAAAUGUUUCAACACGAAUUUGCAGAUUUUAAUGCGUUGCAAUACCCGCAACAUCAACAACAUCCGUUGAUUCCCGAACAUCAAAUACCGUCGCCUUCCACAUCGGCUAGCUCUUUACCUAGUCCCAGUGGACAUAGCGGACAUUUAUCACCGAAUAUAACUGGAAAUGUAUCUCCGAAUAUGAAUGGACACACUUCGCCUAACAUGCCAGGAAAUGUAUCUCCAAAUAUGACUGGAAAUGUAUCUCCGAUUAUGACCGGACAAGUUUCUCCUAAUAUGCAAGGAAAUGUAUCUCCUAAUAUGCAUAUAUCCUCAAAUUUGCACGGGCAUUUACCCCCAAAUCUAAAUGGACAGAUAGCUCCUAAUCUGCAAGCACAACUAUCGUUGAAUAUGAAUCAAAACUAUCAAAGCAGACCGCAACCUGCUAGAAGUCCUUACGAGUGGAUCAAAAAACCUUCCUACCAAUCGCAACCAAAUCCUGGUAAAACUAGAACUAAGGACAAAUAUAGAGUUGUCUACACUGAUCAUCAGAGAGUGAAGCUUGAAAAGGAAUUUCUUUUCACUAACAAAUACAUAACAAUAAGAAGAAAAAUGGAGCUGGCGUCCGACCUAGGACUUUCGGAGAGACAGAUAAAAAUCUGGUUCCAAAAUAGAAGGGCGAAAGAAAGAAAACAAAUCAAGAAGAGAGAAGAAGAAAAAGGUCAACUUAACAUGAAUAAUGGUGCAUAUCAACAAAAUUUGCUGAACCCACUUCCCCAAAUGCAACAGCAUUUGGAUAUGCAUAAUAAUCAACCAGUUCUAGCAAACAUCCCACCUAGUUCGAUUAUGAUGCAGCGUUACAUCGAUACAAAUCAUCCCUUGAAAUCAGAAAAUAGUGAGAAUGCUUAAAAUUAGUACAGUCAAAUUAACACCGAUCGAUGCAUUAGGUAAAUAACUGCGUUUUCAUAUUCGUACCAUACGAAGUAGAAUGUAAAAUCCAGUUUUUCCUCUUCAAUAUAAGUCGUUUUUAAAAAUAUUUUUUAAUUUUUUUCGAGUUAAGACUUUCCGCGUCGUCUUUUCAUAUCCACAUUGUUAAAACAGCUGAUAUUGAGUUUUAAUUUGUAAUCAAUCGUUAUGGAUCGCUUCUCAAAAUGUAGGGUUUUCUUCUGGUCUGUGGGAUAACACUCCCUAAAUUUUUCCUUCAACAAUUUGAUCAAAAAUAAAGAAUUAAACAUUAUUUGUUAACAGAAUACGCAUAUAGAAUUGAGAAAAUAUGAAAAUGGAUGUAGUUUUUAUCAAGUUAUGCAUUCUUCAGUUGAAUUGGUUAAUCCAAGACUUCUCACUUUCUUCCUUUUUGCUUAGAGACCUCAGUAGAAGCCAUAAGAAAAGCUGAUAGAUUUUCAAAUAAUUGAUUAGGUUUGCAUAAACGAAAAUAGCAUUGAGAAUUAAAGAAUAUUCUAAUCUGAUGCAUCCUUCACUCGUUUUUUAUGUCUGGUUUGAUUGUUCUAAAUAAAUUGAUGAUUGAUCGUGAUGAAAUUUGUAUGUUUUUUGUAUGUAGAAAGGUGUUAUUAAUUCUCCGUUUUACCUAUUUUGAAGAAACAUAGUUUAUGUUCAAUAUAUUAGUAACACUAAGCUUUAUCGUCAGUCGUACUAUUAUGUUAUUGAUAUCGUAGUACUACUUAUUUUUGAUAGUGAUUUUUUGGUGGAUUUCUUAAAUGCCCCUAGUAUAAAAAAUAAAAAAAAAUAUUAAUAAGUGAAAAAUUCCAAAAAAAAAUAUAAAAAAUUAACAAAAAGAAAUAAAAAAAUCUCGUUUUAUAAAUUGUUUUUCUAAUCAUUAUCACCUCACUGUAAGAAGACGAAUUCCAUCUUGAAGAUAUCAUUACAUAAAUGUUCGACUUAAAAACAGAAAAAUAUUUGUAAUUUAUAUAUAUCCAAAACGUUUUUAUCAUUGUAUUUGCAAGAGAACUUUGAUGUGUAAAAAAUGUGAGUGAUGAAAUGCUGUGCUUUACGUGAAUAAAAAAUGAUGUGGAUACUGAACCUAAGCGGAUUUGUUUCACCAUAUAAUAUUGGUACAAAAAAACAUUUGCUUUUAACACCAAUUACGUGUAUUUAUAUAUUAAAAAAAACAUCCUCAACUCAAAAGUAAUUGAGAAUUUUGAUGCAUAGUAUAAUUCAAUAUAAUUUCUAUCUAAAUGAUUGUAACUGCAAAAGUUGUAAGGCACUUAAUGAUAAGAAUAUGAUUAUUUUCUGAUUAUUUACUAUAAAUAAACGUUUCAAGUAUAUCGUAUUCAAUAUCAGGUUUCAAAAAUUCGCGCCAGAAAAUUUCAAACUGUCAUAGUGAUUCACGUCACAAACCGAUAAACAAAUUGGGAACUAUAAUAAAAGUUCUACGGAUAUGUUAAUCUAAAGCUUAAACAAUGAAAACGUUUUGAAAUGUGAACAACUAAGGAUAAAUACUUGUUAGAAGUAUUAUUGACAUCAACAAGUAUAGUUCUCUCAAUAUCAAUUACAGAUUAUACAAACCCUUGCCGACAAUGUUGUUUCAUCUAUCUACCAUAGGCGUAGUAUGUUAUAUUGUACUGUAAGGUUUUAAUUUAACAUUUAUUAUUUUUUAAAAUUUAGUGGUAGAAAUAAAAAAAAAUGUCUAGAGGAAUCACAUUAUGUUUCUAUGAAGAAGAAAAAUACCAAAUACAAACAAAAGCAAUAAAAGAAGAUAAAACUUUGAAGAAUGUUAAUACAUUCGAUGUUUAAAAAUUUAAAAUAGAAUUAAUGAGAGAAAUAUUUAAAUAUACAGUAUGUUAGCGAUAUCAUACUUUUUUUAUAUUAUUUUUGUGAGCUUAAAAAUAUAAAUAGAAAAAAAUUGACAAGGGAAAUCACAUUACGGUUCUGUGGGAAAGAAGAAUCCCAAAUACAAACAGAUGCAAUGAAAGAAGAUAAAACUUUGGAGGAUGUUAAUAACUUCGAUGUUUCAAAAUAUAAAAUAGAAUUAAUAGAAGAAAUAUCUAAAUAUACAGAGUGUUACCGAUAUCGUACCUCAUUUAAUAAAUUUAUCAUUUCUAUAAAUACUUUUAAAAAUAUGUAUAUCUUAAGCGAGAAAGUAUUCGUUAAAAGGCAAUCGAAUUAUUAUAAAUUGGACUACAGUAUAUUUAUACAGAUCAUUUAGAACUUUGAAAAAACCAUUAUUAUAACUUGUUAACUUUCUACAACUGAAUUUUAAAUGAUAAAAAGUAAAUAGACGAGUGAAAUGUACCUACCUGUAAGAAUGUUUGGUUUAAACAGAGUGCCAGACGUGAACUGAACCCUUUUUGUACCCCUUUCGUUUAUUUUUUUCUGGAAAACGAAAUUUUAAAGCUAAAACCAUAAAGGAAAAUAAAUUAUUUGCAAAUAAAACAAAAAAACAUUUAAGUAUCUUUAUAAAUAAUCAUGGUAGUCAGAAUCGUCUGAACUAGAGUAAUCAUUUGAUUGAAUUAUGAAGGGUUGUGAAGAGGAUCAUCUUCUUCUUUGAUAACAUGUUCAACACAGUUUUGCCAAAGCGGUCUGCUGUUAGAACGUUGGACUAUACAUACACACAUAUUAUAUGCAAGAUCUAUUGUGUAUGUAUAUGAAUAUCGGCAUCGGUUAUCAUAGUUGUUAGUUACAGUGAAAUUUAUUUAGUUUGUGAGUUUAAAAAUUAGCCAAAAUCAAAAAGAAACUGUAAAAAAAAUGUGGUCAAAUCUCGCGCGCUGUCCUUUCCUUCGCUCAGUUACUGGAUAUACAUUGAAUUAUAACAAUUUUCAGCAAAUAACUCUUUAGUUCGAUAACCGCUAUAACGAUUGACACCAUUAGGAAGAAUAAUUUUUUACCAAUCAAAUCUAUAUUCUCAUAUCGCGGCAAAUCUGAUUUCAUUUUUAAUCAAAGAAUUUAACUAUGACUCUUAUAUAAGUUAAAGCAACGAACUUCGAACUUAUUUCUUUAGAUUCUGAGUGAUAACACAUAUACUCAUACUGUACUCUAUCAAAAAAUAUACAUCUUGUUUCGUGACAUUUCGCGCGGGAGCCUGUUUAAAGGAAAUUUGGUAAAGUAGGAAUCAACACAGAGUACAAAGUUAUGAUUUUAAUAAAAAAGUUUUUAUCUUUGUUACAAAUAAGAUACGAACAUCAUAAUUCUUCAUCAUCAGACAUACUGUUGCUACGACUUCCCGUUUUCUUCAUUAUCAUCCGAGGAACCAAUAAAUUCGACCCAAUCUAGAUAGUAUAUCAAAGAACAGCUUAAUUUUAUAUGAGUUAAAGAGAAUAUCAUGAGAUUCGUAUAAAAUUUGACUAGUUCUGUUGAGAAUUGACCACCAUUGAUUGAAUACAAUACAAAUAUAUAACAGUCUCGAUAGUCAAUGUAUCCAUGUAUCAUUCGUCUGUAGUUCAAGGUAUCUAAACAAUACGUGUAAUUUUCAGAAACAUGAAUUGUAGAUUAUAAAACAUAAAUAAUAAUUUAUCAAUAUAUUUCGAACUUAAAAAUAAUGUAAAACAAUUGUUGGAAUCGAUAAAAAUUAAAUGUGGAUUAUUGACUGUCAAAAUUUAAUUCAUUAAGUUGGAAUCGCAAAAAUCAGGCGAAAAAUAUUCGUAGCUGGUCUUUUAUAUAAUGAAUUAUCGUUAUAGAUUAUAUGAAUAACAUUUCUGGGUACAUCGUGGAUUUAAAUUAUGACAAGAACUCAGUUUAUCCGCUACUCUCUUUACAUCUAGAUAAAUCUGCAACUUUUAUUUAUUUAUUUAGUUGGUUAUAGUUACGCAAGAAGAAAAUUAUAGGAGAGACAAACUCGACAAUAUCACAUCUUGAUACAGCGUCAGUCUGCAAUUGGACCAUAAAGAAAGUAGCGUAUUAUGUUUUGUCGGGUCUCACGUCUCUGUUUUUAUCUGAUGCCGUCCCUCUUCUUUUCAGCUUUCUAUACCAAAUUACCUUAUAUUUAUCUUCUUUCCUCCAAUCUAUUUUUUCUUCAGUCUUCAUUUUUUCUAUUUCCCACUUCUCCCGCUUUCAAUAACUUUUGGGUUUUCUAUUAUUAUGACGGGAGUCCCAGUCAUGAAGCUCGUUGUGUCUGGUUUGUUGGUUGAUCAUUAACCUUCUUCUCCAGACCUCCCCAAUGUCUCUCCCACACCACCAAUUUAUUUGCAGUUUCCUCCGAUAAUAUCUAUAGUUCGAAGCAGUAGAGAAAUUUUGAACAAACACCUCUAGUUUUCAAUACUCUUGAUAAUCAAAUGUAGAAUUUAACACUGCUGUUUUAGUUUCUGCUGUCUUGCUUCCUUUUCCCAUUAUUUUUUCUACUUCUUGAAUUUCUGUAUGUUUUUUUAUAAUUGUUGCCCUCAGAUAUUGAAAUUGGGUUACUUUUCAAAGCAGUACUUUUUUCCAUCGGCUACUUUUAUUGAUAAAUUGUCUGUUGGUCUUUGUGAAUUCCUAAAUAUCUUUCGCGUAAUCAACAGUGUCGAAUGAUGUAUAGAUUAAUCAAUUCUUACAAAUAAAUAAGAUUUUGCAGGUUCUACUAGAUAUAACGAAAUAUAAGUUUGUCAUGUAAAUCAAAAUAUGAUAUGAUUUAGAGCAGAGGUAUCAAACUCAAUUUUGCAGAGAGCCAUAUAUUAAAUUUUUUAUUCGUAGGUACGCCCUUAUCCAAACUGAAAUAUUGUGUAUAGAAUGUAAGAGCGUUAAUCUCAUUAAAAUUUUCUUUCAAAAUACUGUCCUCUACUUACAAAAAUUAAUUGUGAAACUUCAAAAUUGAAUGGAUUGUUGAAAAUUGGUAAUUCCAUUUCAUUCAUUUUGUGAAAUCUUCAAAACGAUUGUUGAAUUUCGUAAUCCAAUUUUGCAGAAGUUGAGAUAUUCAUCCAAUUUUUUGUGGUUCCAUGUGCCAAAUGAUUUUAAAUGAGGGAAAUGGUUCAAAAUUUGAUCUUUCGUUUGAUUUUCCCACAGCCUCAACUUGUUUCAAAAAUAUAUGAAUACAUUUGAGCGACAAUCAGAUUUUUACCCUGUAACUUUAUAUUCAGAUCUGUCAAGUGUUUCUUCAUAUCUUACCAAAAAGGCACGAUCAAUCCACCAGUCAUUGUCAUAAUCAAUUGGUUUGCCUUUUUCUAACAUGAAAGCUUGAAUGUAAUCUUGUAAAAAUUGCCUGAACUGUCGGUGAUUUGGUUCUCUGCUCCUUAUAAAAUUUACAAUUUUAAUCGUUUUAAAUGUUUGGAUGCCAAUGAUUCCUAAUGAAUUAUACAGUGAAAUCCCACAAAAUUUCCUGAUGUUUUCUGUUUUAAUUUGUUACAACGCCAUAGAUUUGAGAGUAUGAGUAUUUAAAACAUUUGUAGAGGAAUCGAUUGUAUCAUUUCUUUAAGCUGCCUCAUUGUUAUAUCAGUUUGAAGCUAAAGUUACAGUGCUGGAUUUUAGUGACUUGAUUAGAAUUUUAUUCUUUAACGGAAGAAGUGGAAAUACAAUCAAAAAACGAUUUAGUUGUGUGUCUCUUUUAACAAAUUCAAUGAUGACAUACAAUCAAAGAUAGAAAUUCCAAAGUGAAACGCUUAUAUUUUUAAUAUCUAAAAUUACUGCUUUGUUUUAAGGAUGUUUUUUUGUGAAUGACAUCCAAAUUAAUCAAUUGAAUUUUGGUUAAUUUGGAUCUUCCAAGUAGAUGUAGAUUAUUAUUUUAUUUGUAAAAAACUUUUUUACUUUUACCAGUGCAAUUUUUUAAUGUGAUUAUUAUUGCACAAACGCCAGUAUUUUGAACUUCUUAUCAUACUGAUUCGCAUUCAUAUUGAAUGUAUUGUAAUAUUGAAUAGGUACCAUAGAGAUUUAAUUAAUUACGAAAAAAGUUAAGAUGUAAUAUAUUUUUUUCUAAUUUAAUCGUUGUUUAUGAGAUUUUUAACACUAUUCAAUAUUUCUUCCUCAAUUGAUGUUUUUAUAAUAACACCUUUCAAGACACAACAAUGAAUGUUCGUGAAGAUAAAUACAAUGUAUGAUAUGUGCGUUUGUGGACUUUAAUAUUAGGUGUAUAUUUAUAUAAACGAAUUUAUUAAAAUAAAGAGUGUUGCGUUAAUCAAUCAGAUAAAUUCUAAAUAAAUAAGUUGAUUUUUAAAUUCUUAAUUGUAUUAUUCAAAAAACUAUAAUUUAAACUACGUCAUUACUGAUGAUAAUAUAACCAUUAUCGUUAAUCUAGUCAAUUCUAAUUAAUGUGUUAUUCAUUAUAAAUUACCCAACCCUUACCAUCCUCAUAAUUCCGUAGGUGUAGAAAAGAAGUUUUUAAUAAAAAUUUUGUAACUAUGUUUGAAUUUUUCGGUAAUUUUCUACUUUCAAGGUCCCCUUGUUUUUUGGCUCUAGAAAAUCGAAAAAUCAUCCGAUUUCGACGAAUAGGUCAAUUUUAAGAGAAAUCGUUAUUAUUUUUAAUUGUAAAAACAUGAUAAAUGAACAUUUUUGUAUAACGUUUUUUUCAAUUUGUUCAUUUUUUUGUGUAGAUUAUGAAUAAGAUUAUAACAACUUCAUUUGAUUAUUUGGAAAAAAGUUAUCAACAAUUAUAUGUGAAUGAGUGCAUUUUCAUGAACAUUUAAAGCCAUAAAACCAAUAUGAGUUUUCAUUUUUUUAUUCCCAUAAUUUUUUUCGUAAAUCUACAGUAAAAACAAAUAUUUAAAAAAAUCUAGGGCCAAAAAACGAGGGGACGACGAAAGUAUAAAAUCACCAAUUUUCGAACUUCUGUCUGUGUUUUUGAAGUCCCGUAGAUACAGCAUGUAAAAUGAGUUGUUGAAAAUUUUAUGAACCACUAGAGCCAAAAUUAAGCUUUUUAUCGUUUUUUUUUUCAAUUUUUGCUAUUUUAUACAGUUUCAAAAGAGAAAAAAAUAUUUAAAAGAGGAGAACCUGCACUUGCUAAAUACGAAUAGAAACGCUAAUACCUGCUCAGGAUUUUAGGGAUUUUAGAAGGAAUUUGACAAUAUAUUUGGAAAAUUUUUAUUUUUUUGUAUAUAGUAAUCACAUCAUAUCAUAAAUUUCACUUUGAUUGAAUGCAAUUGCAUUGUUCUUGUUAUUGAUUUACAUUAACUUCCAGUGCACAUUUUCUUCUUCUUCUUCUCUUCUGUAUCAUUCACAAAAUGGUGAAUCUAUCAAUCCCUAUUGAAUCACAAAUUCAACUACGUAAAAAAGAAGCAAAUGAGGAUGGCCGCCUUUCUUAAGUUUUCGUUAGUAACUCAUAUUUGCUCUAAAUAGUGUUAUCUCGUGAAUUCAGGUUAUGAGAUCUUUUUUUCUUCUUGUUUUGUUGCACAGGAUCGAAUUAUUCUGUAUAGCUACAUCUAGUAAACAAAAAUUAAGAGCCCAGUUCUAUUUUUACCAUGAAUUAAUAUCUGAAUCAUAAUGUUUUCUUCUGUUAGGACCAGAUUUUGACGUUUGCGAUUUUCCUGGUACCACAAGAAGUUGAAAUCAUGGGGACAACUACCUUUUAUUUUACGCAAAUGCUUCUUAAAUUCAUAAAUUUGCCGAGAUUCCGUUAUCACCAAUCAAUUAUCCAAUUUCUAGUAUUUAAAUCCACUGUCACUUACUAAAUAAUCAUAAUUAUCUUCAGGAACAUCCAACAAUUUAUCAUAAAUUAGUUCUAAAACUGGUAACAUAUUAUCUUUGUAAACCCCAUAAGCAAAUAACUGAAUAAGUUUAUCAAUCCUAUUUAAUUUGAUGAGGUUACACAGAUGUGACUUUGCACUUUGGAUUAUAAUAUAGGACCCAUUCUUCUUCUCCAGUGAUCAAGUGAUAAAUAACGUCCUCUAUGGUGCCAUUGCAUCAGCACUCAUAGUUCACGAAAUGAAGAUACAUCGUCGCAGAUUUCAGUCAGGUCUGUCACUAAUUUCCAUUUCACGAUCUAUGUGAUACUCAGCUCACUAUAUUACAUCCUUCGUGCUUUUGUAUUUCAAUUAUAUUUGCUCUGAAACAGCGAUCUGUGUACUUAUUUGGCUCCAGUAGGUUUAAAAGCUCAAUAACUAAAGAGGCAUUUUUCCAGACAUAUUUAUACGAACUGCGUUCACAGUACAUCCAUAAUUUGAAUAUUUCAGGGAAAAACAUGGAUGAACGUUAGCGGAAAGGCAUAAUGCAGUGUAUUUAUGAUCUGGAACAAAAUUCUAAAUUGUUUUAACAUUCGAGGGGCUUUGGGUGUUUUGGAACCACAACCUUCACUUUUUUACGUAAAGAAAACUCAAUAUUAGUAUUAAACAAUCCCAUUCUUAACUAGCACACUCCGUUUGAUUACAGAAAACUUAUUCUACAAGUUGACAACUCGCAUACUUUUAAUUUCACUUCUAAGUAUGCUCAAAAGACUAGUUCACUGGUGUUUCUGCUACCCUUUUCCACCACUUCACAAAACAGAAAUUUGAAUUCUUCAUUGUGCGAUACUCUUAUUAAAUAACAACAAAAUCUUUUAAUAAAAAGCAUGAUUUCCAAAGAAUAUUGUUUGUUGGUAAGUAAAAUGAUUCUGAGAAAGAAAUUAUUGUGAAAAUAACAAAAAAUAGUGAACGUCCAAAUGUGAUUUUAUUGAAAUACUUAUCUUACUUUUAUUAUCGAAAUUUUGUGUCGAAAAAAAAUUUUAUUUUGCUCGCGAAAUUGCUCCAGUCGCUUUAUCCUCCGAACGCUUAUAUCAUAAAUAAAUGUAUCGUGGAAAUUAUUACAAUCAUUUUAUACCUGAAUAAGCAGAUACUUUUGAAAUCAAUAAAAUAAACUAUAAAAUACAAAACUAAAACUUUCUUGUAUCCCGUAUAAUUUAGUCGAACUUUUAAAAUCAUAUCAAACAACUUUUUUUUAUUGGCCAUAAUAACUUUGAUGGACGAUAGGUUAUGAAUGACCCCAUCAACUUCACAUUUUAUGGGGGAAUUCUAAAUCAGAAAUGAAUGAAAAUUAGUGGUUUCGUUUUCACUUCUAGAGGUAAAUUUAAAAAUAUUAUCAUAUAUUAAUUCAAUAUAUUGAUAUUUGCAACACUUUUUUAUAGUUUUUGGCAAAAAAUAUUCUUGGUAUAAUUUAUUUUUAGAGAUUUUUGUGAUUAACUACGCGCUAAUAUUUUUGCCACUAAUUAAAUUACUAAGCCAACAGUUUUACUUCUUACUUUCUUUUAAUGAAGUUUUGGACAAGCUAUAUAUAUGAAUUGAAACGAAGUCUUUGUCAGCUAGAUGAUGAGUUUUCUGUAGUGGGAUUGUGGCAAAAUUAACAACCAAAGUGUACAAACUCAAACUCUAAGAUAUUCCGAGCUUUCGAAUAUUUAUUUAUUCUUCGUCUGGGACUGAAAUUAUGGUUAAGUACAAUAUAAAAAUCACUUACAUCAAUUGUUAUGUGAUAAAUUUUGUAACAUCUUCUAAGGUUAUCAUCGAUUCUGGUUACUAUAGAAAUCGUUAUUAAUUUUCAUUGGUUAGAGUACGAAUGACGUUGAUUUUUUUAUAGGUUAGAUAAGGUUAGGUUGUUGUGAAUGAUAUUGAAUAUUGAUUGGUUAGCUUAUGAAAGACAUUAAGCUUGUAUGGCGAUGCAUACAUAAGUAUUCGAAUGCUCGAAGUAUAUUAGAGUUAGUACACUUUAGUGUUUAAUUUUGACGCAAUCCCACUACGAUAACACUUGAUAUAUAUGAUACUUUUUGAAAGUAAAUCGGGGAACUAUAUCCAAAUAAGCGACUUUUUUGAAAACUGAGUCUAGUUAAACCACAAAUUUAAUUGAAUUAAAAAGCAUAAAUUAGAAGUGAACAGAUAUUGAACAGUCUUUCAUUCAACAUGUUUUUGUUUCAUCCAAUAUUGUCGAGUAGUAGUACCCUCAGGUGUGUGUUCUACGGUAUAAUUAAAAAUUAAAAAAUCUUAUAUGUGGGUAUGGAUUGUCGAUCAAAUCGAUUCUUCCCAUCAGAAUCAUUUGAAUCGAGAUUCUUUUUAGAAAACCUUUUAUUGGAUUCUGGAGCCCUGGAACACUAUUUAUCAAAACUAUAACGACUUUAUCAUUAUUAGAGAUAUCAAGAAUAUAAA